AUGUCGGGCCCAAAAAUGAGGUAAACCAUAUGAUCAACCUUUAGGAAUAUAUGGUGAGAUCAAUAACGAUCAACCUUGCAUGUACCGUAUUUUAAAACUAUAUUUAAAUUUUGGAGUAUACGGUGCCUUCUAAUUUUCUAUCACUAAUAAAAUCAAGUCUAAACUUUUAGGAGCAAAAAUGUAAUUUUUUUCAUAAAAGACAAUUAAGAUCACUCGUAGUUUAACAGUAACUUUGAGGGAAGUUGGCUUGUAUUUCAAUAGAUGGCGGAUUUGGCAUUGAUGUUUGGAGGCAUCAUCAAGAUUCAAACUUUUCCAUUUAGUCUUAUUUAAUAUAAAGAAUUUGUAUAUGAGUUCUCUGAUUUAAUAAUUCUAAUCCACGAACCACAAAAAUUAUUUUUCUAUUAUUCUCCAAAGGUUUGCAACAAAAUGUCCUAUAUGGAUAUCAGGUUUGCCAAUUCUUGUAAUAUGUCAAGUUACAUAAUGACAAUUCUAAAGCCAAAUAAACAAAUAGUUAACAAAGUUAAUGUAUCAUAUCAUACAUAUUGCCAUCAAUAUGAAUCAUUCAACUUAACCAGCCAAAACUCCUCGCAGGCCUAAGCACAAACCUCCAAUGGCAAUAUGUUAAUGCCUUUGAAAGUUUCUUACACAACCGCCGGCCAUGACUGCCUCCCUUUCUCCCAUAUAAAACUUCCUCUUUGUCUUCAUACUUACAUUGUCCAUGUGAAGAAACCAGAGACAGCCGAUGAUCUCGAGAGCUGGCACAGGUCAUUCUUACCGACGAGUUUGGAGAACUCGGAGGAGCAACCAUCGUUGCUGUAUUCGUACCGAAAUGUGAUGAGUGGUUUUGCUGCAAGACUUACUGAAGAACAAGUGAAAGCGAUGGAAGAGAAGGAUGGUUUUGUGUCAGCUAGGCGUGAAAAGAUAUUACAUUUGCACACAACUCACACCCCUGAUUUUCUAGGAUUGAAUCGUCAAUUUGGGUUUUGGAAAGAUUCAAACUUUGGAAAGGGAGUGAUCAUAGGAGUAUUGGAUGGUGGAAUUACACCAAACCAUCCUUCAUUUGAUGAUGUGGGAAUGCCCCAACCUCCAACCAAAUGGAAAGGAAGAUGUGAGUUUAAUUUCUCUGCUUGUAACAACAAGCUUAUAGGUGCAAGAUCUUUUAAUCUCGCAUCAAAAGCCUUAAAGGGACAUGCAACAACGAUGGAUGACUCUCCUAUUGAUGAAGAUGGCCACGGAACUCACACAGCAAGCACCGCUGCUGGUACUUUCAUCGAUGGCGCCGAGGCAUUAGGAAACGCUAUAGGUACCGCUGGGAUGGCACCUCUAGCCCACCUUGCCAUUUACAAAGUUUGCUUUGGAGAAGAUUGCCCUGAUACCGACAUUCUUGCUGCACUCGAUGCCGCUGUUGAAGACGGUGUUGACGUGCUCUCACUCUCGCUCGGGAGCCCAUCAGCACCAUUUUUCGAAGACAGUAUAGCCAUAGGCGCAUUCACAGCGAUUCAAAAGGGGAUUUUUGUAAGGUGCUCAGCUGCUAAUUCAGGUCCUUUUAACGCCACAUUGUCCAAUGAAGCUCCAUGGAUUUUAACAGUUGCAGCUAGCACAAUUGAUCGAAGAAUCGUAGCGGCUGCAAAGCUCGGAAAUGGAGAAGAAUUGGAUGGUGAAUCUCUGUUCCAGCCAAAUGAUUUCCCACAAACAUUCUUGCCACUUGUUUUCCCUGGUGAGAAGAAUGAAACGGUUGCAUUAUGUGGAGAAGGAUCAUUGAAAAACAUUGAUGUAAAAGGAAAAGUUGUAGUAUGCGAGAGAGGUGGAGGAAUAGCAAGAAUUGCAAAAGGGGUUGAAGUAAAAAAUGCAGGUGGCGCCGCCAUGAUCCUUCUCAACACAGAAUCAGAUGGCUUCACUACUGAAGCAGAUGCUCAUGUUCUUCCGGCAAGCCACGUCAGCCACACAGCGGCGCUGAAAAUCAAAGCUUACAUAAACUCAACAACAUACCCAAAAGCCACAAUUGUAUUCAAAGGAACCAUAAUUGGCGAUGAUUUCUCUCCAGCCAUAGCUUCUUUCUCAUCUCGAGGUCCUAGUCUUGCGAGCCCCGGCAUCUUGAAACCGGACAUAACCGGGCCCGGUGUCAGUAUUUUAGCAGCAUGGCCAUUCCCAUUAGACAACAACACAAACCCAAAAUGAACAUUUAACAUAGUUUCAGGAACAUCCAUGUCUUGUCCUCAUCUUAGUGGCAUUGCAGCUCUGAUCAAAAGCUCUCAUCCUGAUUGGUCACCAGCCGUCAUUAAAUCCUCUAUAAUGACAACCGCUAACAUAACAAAUCUUGAAGGCAACCCAAUUGUUGAUCAAACUCUGCAGCCGGCUGACUUGUUUGCAACUGGGGCAGGUCAUGUAAACCCAUCAAAAGCAAACGACCCAGGAUUGGUUUAUGACAUUCAACCUGAUGAUUAUAUUCCUUAUCUUUGUGGAUUAGGAUACAAAAAUAACCAAGUUUCACUUGUUGCUCAUAAACCGGUUGAAUGUUUAACAACACCAAGCAUUCCAGAAGGAGAACUCAACUACCCGUCAUUUACGGUUGAAUUAGGACCGCCACAAACAUUCACAAGAACGGUUACUAAUGUUGGCGGUGGACGUGAAGUUUAUACUGUCGUCGUUGAAGCACCAGCAGCGGUUUCUGUAACAGUUAAACCAAGGACGUUAAUUUUCUCGGCAUUGAACCAAAAAGCGACGUAUGCAGUGACGUUUAAGAGAAUUGGUUCGAUCAGUCCGUCGAUUGAGUUUGCUAAAGGCUAUAUCAAAUGGGUUUCAACUAAACACGUCGUUAGAAGUCCGAUAUCUAUUAAGUUCGUAUGAGUUUGGUUUCAACAUUGAUUGACUUGCGUUCAAAGGUGGCAAUAAAUUGUUGUAUAAUAAAACCAAUAUGUUCGUGUGUGUUUGUUCUUUUUGAAGGGUAGG